AUAUUUACAGAGGUGCGUUCAGGACACCAUCCCUCACCUCGUAAUGGGAGCAGUGCGGUGGGAAACGUUACCAUGCAUCUAACCCUGGGACAGGCACGUAGGCUGGGGAAUGUUGAGGGAGAAGUGGGAUGAGUCAAGAGCCUUUUUAGUGCCACACUUGCCCAACACUACAGACUAAGGCAGUUAUUCCUGCAAGCAUUUGCAUUGUAUAUGCGUGCAGCAGUACAUUCAUUGGUGUGUCAGAGGCAAGGACGGACCAGCAGCCAUGGAUGAUGUAUAUAAAGCAGCGGUUGAAAACUUGACAGAGGAACAGAAAAAUGAGUUCAAGGCUGCAUUUGACAUCUUCAUCCAGGAUGCAGAGGAUGGCUGCAUUAGUACAAAAGAGUUGGGGAAGGUGAUGAGGAUGUUGGGACAGAACCCUACCCCUGAAGAGUUACAAGAGAUGAUUGAUGAGGUGGAUGAGGAUGGCAGUGGCACCGUAGAUUUUGAUGAGUUCUUGGUAAUGAUGGUCCGCUGCAUGAAGGAGGAGAGCAAAGGAAAAUCAGAGGAGGAGUUGGCUGAACUCUUCCGCAUGUUUGACAAAAAUGGAGACGGCUACAUAGACUUAGAAGAACUGAAGGCCAUGUUGGAGUCUACUGGAGAAGCCAUCACGGAAGAUGAUAUUGAGGAGCUGAUGAAGGAUGGAGACAAAAACAAUGAUGGCAAAAUUGAUUACGACGAAUUUCUGGAGUUCAUGAAAGGUGUGGAAUAAAGGAUUAAUCUGGACGCCUGACACUGCAGCAUCUAUGUUCACUUUUGACAUCACCAUCAAAGGCCAUUUCUCAAGAUAAGCGUCCAGUUUUAUCUGCUUUUAACAAUACAAACAACACCUCCAAGGCCCUAAAAGGUUUUGUUGUACUGACUGCAAAAAAAAUAAAGGCUAUUUUCAAUUAAA